AUGUCUUCCAAGACCUUCAACCUCUCCAAGCCAGACCGAACUGUGCAAGUCGGUGUGAUCCUUCUCGGCGGUCUCACCGAAUUCCUCGACGUGGCACCUGUCGACCUCUUCAACAGCCUCACGCCCAUGUUUCUUCAAACCUUGUCAAGCGCUUUCCUUCCGGCCCAUCUCUUGCAACAAGCCAUAGACAUGGAAUUUCAUUGGGUGACUGAGACAGGCAAAACCCCUUCAGUCAGCAACCUUACCGCGCGCACAACCAUCGUGCCGACCGACUCCUUUGCAACCUGUCCUGUCUUGGACAUUGUCCUCAUCGGAGCCUACCACGCUGGGUAUAACCCGACUGAGACAGAGUUGGCUUAUGUCCGCAAGGCGUACGACAACUGCUCUGCCUUUAUGACCAUCUGCGGCGGCAUUGAGGUCCCCUUGAGAGCUGGCAUCUUGGAGGGCAAGACUGCCACGGGACCGAGAUUUAUGUUGGAUAUUCUGAGACAGCUGGCACCAGGAACAAACUGGAUUGAGAAACGCUGGGCGAGCGAUGGCAAGUUGUGGACGAGUGGAGCUCUGCUGAACGGGACGGAUAUGGUGGCGGCCUUUCAGAGGGAGGUUUGGGGUGGGAAGUCGCUUACAGAGGAGGAUUCCUUGGUUGAGUUCAUGGCCAGGGUGGGAGGCGUUCCCGUGAGAGACGUUGAUUACAAGGAUGUGGAUUGGAAGCUGUGA